UGUAGAGUGGAGCUUGUUGUUCGUGUCUGUGGUUGAAGAAAAUGUGCAAUGGCCUCUCAAAUAGCAAAGGUAUUGUUGUCAUUGGAUGCUGAAGCAGUUGGCUCACUCAAAGAAGGAGUGAAUUUCAAGAAAAGCACAGAGGAUGGCAAGUGUUACAUCAUAUUUAAGAGCAACAAUGACUUUAAAGCAUGCAAGAACCAGUGCAAGCAUCAAGGGGGACUGUUCAUCAAAGACAUUGAAGAUCUGGAUGGCAUGACUGUUAAAUGUACCAAACACAACUGGAAAUUAAAUGUGUCAACAAUGAAAUAUGUGAACCCACCUGACAGCUUCUUGCAGGAUGAGCUUGAGGUAUCAAUGUUGGAUGAUGGGGGGCUUCAGUUGGUGGAACUGAGCCCUGUUGAUCCCUGGAUGGCUGAUCCUCGAGAACCUCUGGAGCUCCAGAAGGGAGAAGUGAAAGUGACAUACUUCACCCAUGCCUGCAUAGAGCUACAGCUUGGCAAGAGAAGGUUCAUGUUCGACCCCUGGUUGAAGGGUCCUGCGUUUGCCAGGGGCUGGUGGCUUCUCCAUGAGCCUCCAGCAGACGCCCUGGACAGGCUUUGUGGUGCAGAUCUCAUCUACAUCAGCCAUAUGCACUCAGACCACCUCAGUUAUCCCACACUGAAAGUGUUGGCAGAAAGAAGGCCGGACAUCCCGAUAUAUGUCGGUGACACAUCCAGACCAGUGUUUUGGUAUAUAAAGGAAAGCCAAGUUAAGCUGACCAAUAUUAAAGUCCUUCCCUUUGGUGUUUGGCAAAAUAUUGAUGAUCACCUGAGAUUUAUGAUCCUGAUGGAUGGGGUACAUCCUGAAAUGGACACCUGCAUCAUUGUUGACUACAAAGGUCAUAUGAUCCUCAACACUGUGGACUGCACCAGACCGAAUGGAGGCAGGCUACCACAAAAUGUGGACGUGAUGAUGUCUGACUUUGCUGGAGGAGCUUCUGGAUUCCCAAUGACCUUCUAUGGAGGGAAAUACAGCGAUUCCUGGAAGGCAGAGUUUAUCAAGAAUGAGAGGAAGAAGCUGCUGAAUUACAAAGCUACACUGGUGAAAUCCCUGCAGCCGAGGAUCUACUGCCCAUUCGCUGGAUACUUUGUGGAGGCUCAUCCAUCAGACAGAUACAUAAAGGAUUCGAAUAUCAAAAACAGUGCAGAGGACCUCAAUGCACUCAUUAAUAAGCUUGCACCGGCAAUCAAAACUUGGACACCGCAGCCAGGUGCUGUGCUGGACCUCGGCCUCGCUCUGAGAGACCCCACCAACAGGGAGGCCAUCACCAAUCCCCCAGCUAGUGCAAAAAUCUACAAGGACAGCUGGGAGUUCGACUUGUAUGUGAAUGAGUUGAAGAGCGCCAUCAAGUCUGACAUAUUUAAGCAUCAAAACUGGAUCCAGUUUUAUUACACAUGGGCUGGCUUUCAAAACUACAACCUGGUUGUGCGGGUCAUUGAAACAGAUGACAAGUUUGAAUGCAUCACUGACGGUUAUGACUAUCUGGUGGACUUUCUGGAUCUAUCAUUCCCCACAAAAAGACCAAACAGAGAGCACUCCUACUUGGAGAUUAAAAACAGGAUUGGAGUGAUGAGGUACGUGGUGCUUCAUGGCUGUCUAUGGGAUGACCUGUACAUUGGCUUUCAGAACCGCAUCAGCCGAGACCCAGACAUCUACCACCACAAGUUCUGGAAACACUUCCAAGCAGAGCUGCCGCUUUGCAAGCCCGACUGGGAACAAUUCCAAAAGCAGGUCGUCCCCAUCAGUGAGACCGGGAUGGGAAAUAACUGUGCCUUGUCAUGAAUUUGCAUUCUGGAUUUGUGAAGAUCAAGUUACUGUUUUCUGAUUUAUAUUGUGAAAACUCAAGACCCUAUUGCUGAAAGCACCACACCACCUUCUGCUGUGCCUCUUUUGUGGUGGAAGAUUUCUUUUCUGAUUCACUGAUCACUUUAGUAAUAGUAAUAUCACUUUCUUACUAGCUGUAUGCAUGAAUGUUAUUACAAGUGGGCCUCGUGUUUAUGGCACCUUCACAGAGGGCCCAUUGUAA